GCAGAAGAGUUGAAAGUGGGCGGCCGCGUUUCCGCCGGGGGUGGGGACCUGCUGGUGCGGAGCGGACUGCGGCCGCCCGGCCUAUCUGGGCCGAGCCCCUCCCUGGCCGGGGCGGCGCGGAGCGCGGGGGGACUUCGGGGACGGGCUGCUGCUCCCCGCCAGCGCGCCCGCGCAGGAGCCUCGCCAUGAGCAGCCUGAGCGCCACGACGUCCCGGCCGUCCUCGCCGCCUGCACUCUCUGCGGUAUUUCAUUAUGCAUCGACACCUCAUGGCAACACACUAGCACCUGACCCAGGGACAUCCUAUACCACCGUGCCAGCGCCUGAUGCAAGGAUAGCCUUUCCCACAACAAUGGAUAUCGCCAUUAUUGCAGCUGUGAUCACCGCUGUGACCCUCGUCCUGCUCUGCCUUCUCCUCGUCAUGCUCCGAUACCUGUUCCGGCACAAGGGCACCUAUCACACCAACGAGGCUAAGGGCACGGAGUUCGCUGAGAGCGCCGAUGUGGCCUUGCAGAGUGACCCUGCCCUCCAGGAUGCUGGUGACACCAACAAAAAGGAAUAUUUUAUCUGAGGGAAGACAGACCUCACCUCCCCCAUAGACUUCCUCUAAGUGCAGAACGGGAAACACGCCUCCCACCAUUACUGGCACCACCAGGCAGACCUCAAGGGCACAGCCUCUUCCUGAGAUUUGCACCUGAGAACAGUGGGUGCCUGCGGGGGUGGGGGGUAUGAUGCCCAAGCUGUGAGACACCUCUCCAGGGAUGCAUUGGCCACCCCAGGAGGCAAGCCUUUGUUCUGCCAGGAAGAAAGUUCAGAUCUCCAGGUCUCCCUGAGUGCUGUUGGAUGCCAUCUCACAGGUGUGAGUUGGGUGGUGAUGCAAGGAAGCAUGAUGUCGACGGACUGACUCAGGAUAAUUGCAUCAAAUGUCAGUCCUUGACAUUUGGGGGAACAGCAGGUGCCUGAGCUAAAAGGUACCUUUGUUUCCCAUUAAUCCUGCUCAAAAAUGAUUGGAAAUAAAUAUGAAAUGUAACCAAGCAUUCAGAGUCCAACUGCAAUUACCUGGGAAACCGUGCUUGCUUUUUGCCCUGCUGUGAUUUUGUUUUCUCUGACAGGAUUUCUGUGCAUGGAGCUGGGACUGUCUAGUUCUGGCAAGCAAACAAGAACAAGUGACUGGUCCCUUUACCUGAGGGUUCCAGCUGCAUGAAGCUAAUGGGAGGAUAAAGUGUUCCUCUGGAAAUAGAUUGUCCCAGGGAUCAAGGCACCAGUUGAAGUGUUGGAUUUCCUAAUUCGUAGUAUCAGAAAAAAUGGACCAGUUAAACAAUUACGUGUGUACCCUAUACAUCCAUAGUCACAGUGACAGUGACCCCCAGGGCUCUGAACAUGGGCUGCAGAGCCGCAGUCCCUGGGUUUAGAUUCUGGAUCAACUUUGCUGCUCUUGGGACCUGAAGCAACUUGCUUGACCUCUCUGGCCCCAAUGUGCUCGUCUCUCAAGAGGAAAUGAUGCCAAGAAUGGUACCUCUGUGGUACCUAACUCACAGCAUUGAGGGCAGGAGUAAAUAGACAUGUCAGGUACUGAGCGUUCUCUGUAUCCAGUGUCACACACCGAAUGGUGUGCAUGUAUUGGUUGAUGAAAUUUCCUCAUUGAAUCACUUCUAAGUGCCUAAUUAGGAAUAACUGUCACUUAAGAUGAAUAACAGAGAGAGAGAAAAUGAACUCAUUAACCAUCUCCUCUCAGGUGAGUUUUUGGAAGAUUCCCAACAGCUCAACACUCAGAGAUCAGCAGCUGAUUAAAGAUGACCCAGAGAUUAAAAACCACCUGGGAGCACCAGGUUUGCUUAGAGACCCUCUGCUUAUUGAGGCUGCACCAUCCCCACCUAAGAGUCAGCAAAAGUCAGCCUCUUGUUUUCCCUAAAAAGUUAAUUAGGAUCCAGAUGCAGCUGGAGAUGGUCCCCAGGAAAAGGAGCUAGAAGUCCUGGAGAGAUCUUGGGGGAGAAGCAGAGAGAGCUCAGAGGGGCUGAUAAUGGCAAGAGCGUGGUCAGAUGCAAGGCCAUUCUCCACCCGAGCCCAGAUCACUCCUGACCCUCCCUUCCUCAUUUAUGCAGUAAAAGACUGGGCAGCAGUAGUCACCCCUUCUCUGAGGGCUAUUUGUUCUGAGAUCCCUAGUGGGUGCCUGAAACCAAAGAUAAUACCAAACUUUACAUAUGAGAAGUUUUUUGUUUCAUUUUAUAUACCUAAAUUUUAAUUUAUGUAUUAAACAGUAAAAGAUUAACAAUAAUAACUAAUAGUAAAGUAGUACAAGUAUAAACUGUAAUAAAAGUUACUUUAAAAUAA